GCCUCAUUGAUUUUAUUCUAAACACAACCAACUUCCACAACUCGGCGUCUACUUCGCUAUUCAUGCUCCGGUCUCUUCCAUCUACAUAAUCCGCAAUCAAGAUGUUCAGAAACAACUACGACAAUGACUCCGUCACCUUUUCGCCUCAAGGCCGGAUAUUCCAAGUCGAGUAUGCUCAAGAGGCCGUCAAGCAGGGAUCGGUAGUUGUCGGGGUUGUCAGCAAGAAACAUGUCGUCCUCACUGCCCUUAAGCGAAACGCAGAAGAACUCUCCUCCUACCAGAAAAAGAUAGUCGGUGUCGACGAUCAUCUAGGAGUAGCCCUUGCCGGUCUCGCCUCGGACGCCCGCGUCCUUUCGAACUUCAUGAAACAGCAGUCGCUCGCCUCAAAAAUGACCUACGGCCGUCCGAUACCCGUCGAGCGCAUUGUGAAUAUGAUUGGGGACAGAGCUCAGACCAACACGCAGCACUACGGUAAAAGACCAUACGGCGUGGGACUGUUAGUUGCAGGUGUGGAUGAGCUGGGACCCCAUCUAUUCGAGUUCUCUCCGUCAGGGAUGACGCAGGAGAUGCUGGCUUGUGCGAUUGGAGCAAGGAGUCAGAUGGCUCGGACGUACCUGGAGAGACAUCUGGAUAAGUUUGCGGAUUGCAGCCGUGAGGAGUUGGUCAAACAUGCGUUGCUGGCAUUGAAGGAGUCUCUGGCGCAAGACAAGGAACUCACGGUGGACAACACCAGUUUGGCGGUGAUCGGCAUAGGCGAGAAAGAUGGCAGGAAGAAACUGGAGGCCUUCAAGCUCUAUGAUGGACAAGACGUCGGGCCUUUGCUCGAGGCAAGCGUGGAGACGACGGCGACCGAAGGGGCAGAUGCCAUGGAAACAGAUUCAUAGGAAAAGAAGUGAUGGGUACGCAUAUUGCACGGCGUUUGGCGUAGCAGGCUGCCACAAGGCAAUGCAAGGCCGUCCCAUGGAAAUGGCAAGGCAAGAUUGGUGGGAUUGAAAGAGUUUCACUAUGCACCAUUUUCCGAUCUAUGACCAGUCCAGCUUAUAUCUCCCAGGAGCGACCUGAUAGCCACGUAACGCCUCGAUGACCUGAUCCGUGCUCUGCACCUCAACCAAGAUAUUGGCGGCGCCUUCGCCCACAAAGCCUUCUCUUAUUGCCGUCUUGACCCAAUCCAACAAUCCAUUCCAAUAGCCGUUGAUGUUGACCAGAAUGAUGGGAAUUUGAUGGAUGCCCAACUGGUUCCAAGUGACCAUCUCCAUGACCUCCUCCAUGGUCCCGUACCCUCCAGCCAGCGCCACAAACCCGGAGCCGGGCGCCCCAGCUUCCACUGAAUUUGCCAUCAUACGUUUUCGAGUGUGCAUGUCCGGGACAAUGGUGGUCCGUCCAAACUCGGACUCUGGAACUAUCU